AAAACGGCGGUGACUAGCUUGUUAGCUACGUUAGCUUGCUAGCUAAAAGAUGGAGCCAUUCAGAGAUACUUUUCUACGGCUGCGUUUACACAGGCAGGCCAAUUCUGAUGUUUUCCACUAAUUUGUCUUUUUACCAAUCGCAUGAGAUCUUUUCACAUCAGAUUGUUUUCAGGGCUGAUAUGAUUGGUCAAAAUACGAAUUAAUUAAUUAGGGGGGGGGGGGGGUCUGAAUUUGUCUGCCUGUCUGAACGCAGCCUCAUAUGUGAGCCAGUGGCUUGCACUUAGCCUUCUAGCUAGCUAGUUUACCAUCUAGCUAACUAGUUUUUGUGGCGUUUUUCAGUUGGACAUACCUUGAAUGAAUGGCGUACAAGAGGACGGCUGUGUGACAUAAAAGCAGCUCAAUCAUGAUCUGUCGCCGGCCUAGUUGUUGUUUACCGAUUUAAUGUUUGUAUCCAUAGCUAAUUACGUCCACUCUGGCAUUCAUUGUUGAUAGACCAGCUGGCUAGAUAAGUAAUGAUCAUCUGGGCUCCCCCCUGGGGGACCGUGAGUUUAAGUGGUCCCUGCAAAAGCGGGGGGAAAACUCAUGUAUAACUAAUACAUUUCAAUCUAAUGUAUUUUUACAACACAGAUCCACGUUCUUAUGUUGUUCAGUUAGAUACAUAGCUAGCCAGGAUUGGGGUCAAUUCCAUUCCAAUUCUCUUAAAUAGUUUUCGAUUAGAAUUUUUUAAAAUUACAAUUUGGUUUACUUUCUGAAUUGACUGCAAUUGAAACUGAAUUGACCCCAACCCUGAAGCUAAUUAUAUUUAGCAAGGCCUACAUGCAGUAUAGGAUAACAAAGAUAGCCGGCCCUGUAAAUACUAAAUAGUCAGUAAGGAUAUCUAGAGAAUCUGCAAGUCCUUGACAGGAGGUUAAAACAGUUAGUCAUACUGUGCACAGUAUCUAGUAUUGUGUAGCAUUUGCACAAGCACCACUUCCAUAGAAAUUACGUAUCUGGCUACAAGGAUACUAGACCUACGAAGCUUGCUGUCACAUAUACAGUAAGUACAGUUAUUUUAACAGUAGCCUUCUGUCUUAGUGCAUUCUAUAGUAACAGCUUGUGAGAUAUGCACCCGGCCCUUUGCUCUACCUGUAUUUAGCAGCAUGUGUCCCACGUUGGACGGUAUCCGUAGAUGGUUCUGAUAAAAACGUUGUUGGCAGUGCCCAAGAAAGUACUACAUCCAAUUGUUUGAUGCUACUUUCACCCCCUCCAAUCUAAUUCAAAGAUGGAUUCAUGCUCUUGGAUGUAAUACUUUCUUGGUCACCCCUCUACUGUCUACAACUUUUACGGAUAAGGUCCAAAACAGGUACAGCAAUAUCCCUCAAGCUGUCGCUAUAGAAUGCCAUUUAGUCCCGGCUUAUUAAUAAAUGAAAAGAUUAAUAAAGGUGUCAAAUUAGGCUACAAGGAUACAAACAUUGAAAACAUAACAGCUGCCAUUUAGUAAGGAUGUCGUGUCUACAAUGGUGACAUGUAAAGUCGGAUAAACUGACCUCAGUCCAUGAUUCUUUUUUGGGCUUAAUCAGCCUAACAAUGUGAGUUUGUGUCGAGUGAGUUUGUGUGUGUGUGUGUUGAGAUGAAUACAAAUUCUUCCCGUACAUAUGUUGCAAACAAACUGAACAAUUGUGGCCCCUUUAUUUUAUUCAUAAAGGUUCAGUGUAUCUUUGCCAGCCUACAUCAAUCUGCAAAGGAGUUGCAGAAAAGCCUCAUGUUCAUCGAGCCGGGAUGAGACGCGGCAGAGGGUCAAGUUCACUGACGAGCGGGUCUGCAAAAGCCAUCUCCUGAACUGCUGUCCCCACGACAUCCUCUCUGGAACUCGUAUGGAUCUGGGAGAAUGUGCAAAGACCCACGACCUGGCGCUCCGGGCCGACUAUGAAAUCGCCUCCAAGGCGAGGGAACUCUUCUUUGAGCUUGACGCUGUGGAUCACCUGGAGUCUUUCAUCGCUGAUUGCGACCGUAGAACAGAGUUGGCCAAGAAACGACUGGUGGAGACUCAGGAUGAGAUCAGUGCGGAGGUGGCUGCAAAGGCAGAGACUGUCCACGAGCUGAACGAAGAGAUCGGGAAGCUCCUGGCCAAGGCGGAGCAGCUGGGAGCCGAGGGGAACGUAGAUGAAGCCCAGCUGAUCCUACAGGAAGUGGAGAAGGUCCGCAGCAGGAAGAGGGAUGCCGAGGAGGAGUACAGAAACUCCAUGCCUGCCUCCAGUUUCCAGCAGCAGAAGCUCCGUGUCUGCGAGGUGUGCUCGGCCUACCUGGGCCUCCACGACAACGACCGUCGCCUGGCCGACCACUUUGGUGGGAAGCUGCACCUGGGAUUCAUCCAGAUCAGGGAGAAACUGGAAGCCCUGAAGAAAACAGUCAUUGACAAGCAGGAGAAGAGGAACCAGGACCGUCUCAAGAGGCGAGAAGAGCGAGAGAAGGAAGAGCGGAUGAAGACGAGGACCAAAUCACGGAGCAGGGAACGGAGCAGGGAACAUAGGUCCCGCUCUCGCGAACGUAGGAGACGGCGUUCCCGUUCCUCGUCUCGGGAGAAGCGGCGUUCCUCCCGCUCGCGCUCCAGGGACCGGGAGAGGAGGAGACGCCACCGCAGCCACUCCCGAUCCUGCAGCAAGGGCCACCGCCACGAGCCCAGCACCAGACACAAGUCGUCCAGGGAUCGAGAGCGCUCCUCCAGAGACCAUUCACGGGAGCGAAGCAGGAAGAGGGGAUCCUCCGAGCGGCGGCAAGACAGCAGGGAUCAGAACGGGAGGACGGACUCCCGCCGGGCGCAGGACAGGGACAGAGACACCGGGGACCUCUGAGGACUCUCGCUAUCUAUCCAUCCUCAAAACACAACCUCCUUUUCUCUCUUUCAUACCUGUCCAUAUAUCUAUAAGGACUCUCUUAACAGCAAUGUCCAGAGACGUUUUGAUUUGACAGAUAUUCCAGCCAACCCACUGUGUCCCAAAUAAAUAGAGCUUAUAUGACCACAGGUUUGUGUGUGUGUAUGUAUCGUAUAUUGCGCAAAUAUAUACAGUACCAGUCAAGUUUAGACACACCUACUCAUUCAAGGGUUUUUCUUUAUUUUUACUGUUUUCUACAUUGUAGAACAUUAGUGAAGACAUCAAAACUAUGAAAUGACACGUAUGGAAUCAUGUAGUAACCAAGAAAAGUUUUAAACAAAUCCAAAUAUAUUUGAGAUUCUUCAAAGUAGCCACCCUUUGCCUAGACAACAGUUUUGCACACACUUGGCAUUCUCUCAACCAGCUUUAUGAGGUAGUCACCUGGAAUGCAUUUCAAUUAACAGGUGUGCCUUUAAGUUAAUUUGUUGUAUUUCUCUCCUUAAUACAUUUGAUCCAAUUAGUUGUGUUGUGGCUUUUUGACUGGUACUGUAUAUAUUUCAAGCAUUCAAAUAUAUCGGUAGUUGUUGAAUGUUGUGGGGGUGCACAAAGUCCUGCCAGCAUAUGUUUUAAGUGAUGGCUGUUGAUUGCAAUUCAUUUGAUUUUAUAUACAUAUUCUAUGAAACAAUCCUAAAUAUACAAUUUAAGUGGUAGCUAUAGAAAGGAUAAAUGAAUGGCCAUUGAAUGAACCAUAAACUUAAAGAAUAGAGGAUUUAAAUGUUUCUUUGUUUUGAUACUGUUACUUUUAAACUGUCAGGAUUGCUGUGCGAUUGAGACACUGCUUAAUCAUACUUCCUGCAUACUGUCCUGGGUCAUGUUCAUUAGGCACCAAACGGAAGAAACCGGACUGAAACAGGGAGGCGUCAUCUGGAUUUGUCCAAUAAGAAAAGCACAUUUUUGCUCUCCCGUAAAAACAUAGCGAAAGGUUUUCAAUUAGUGUCCUAAUGAACACAACUCGGCAUACUGCCUUAGAUUGGCUUCACUCUUCGAGGCUUCCUUCCCUUCCUAGAGGCUAUUUCACUAUGCUGGUCGCAGUCAUUUGCCAUUUAAAGUUGCAAAAAAUAUUUAACAUACCAGUAAUCAUAGGUCAGAUAUGUGCAGAACAGAUUAUAAGAUUGAUCAACGAAGACAUAUUGUUGUUGUUUGACUGGAUCAGGACAUUUGAAAAUACAAAAGGAAUUUGGUCAGUUGUGAACAUUAGUGAGCUCAUUUCUGUCAGCUUGUGAAAUACCCUUUGCUUCUAUAGUUGUGGCCUAGACCGACUGACGGGACAUUUAUAUUUGGAGAGAUGGCAGCAGUUCGAAUGAAUGUCAUAAUACGGACAGGAUUUUCUCACGCUUUAGAUUUUAUUGUCCUUUGUGUUCACAAAUGGAGUCUUCUUUUUUUUGAGAGAGAGAAUUUUACAAGUUUGUUCCAAGUUUUCAUGUCAUGUGAAGUCUGUAUUUGUGUGUAGUAGACACGAUGGACUUUGCAUGUCUCCAAUGGAUUGAGUAGGAAAUGCUGUUUUGGAUUGAGAAUGACUGUAUGUGACCCUAGAAGUCAGUUACGCUACCCAGGAAGUCAGCUAUGUUACCCAGCAAGUCAGCUACGUUACCCAGGUAGUCAGUUUCGUUACCCUGGUUUUGGACGAUGAUACUUGGUGCUGGGAACAAUAUCCUAAGUACCUGCUUAUGUUCAUUUUACUUUCCAGUAUUUUGAUGCUGAAUCCGCAGCUUGUACAUCUUCUGAAUAUGUUGGUUCAUGUAUGUCAGUCACUUGAAGUUGGAUGCAAACACAUAUAAAGGAAUGCAUAACUUUUCCUAAUGGGUGCCAGCUCUAGUAUUGGUUUGGUCUGUUUGUAUUAUUUUGCUAGAAGAUGAUUUUCUCUGAAGCCUGAAUAAAAAUCCCAGAAUUGUA